AUGGUCAAAUCAAAUUCCGCCAUUUACACUUUGGUUGGGGGUUACUCCUGUCAAACGUUGUUUUGGUGUGACCGCGGAUGUGGCAUCGAUACAACCGCAAUUCAACCCAAUAGCGACAACGGUAGCAGGGCUGAAUACUCGACCUCCAAUGAUACCACGAAUAGGCCAGUAGAUGACACUGGCACUCCUUCAUCCACCACUUCAUAUGAGGAUGCAUACAUCCACGGCUACAAGGAGGGAUACGCUACGGGCUACGGAAAAUCUCACAUUGAACUCAAACACCAACCUAUCGCUAUCAUUGGCAUGUCAUGCCGUCUCCCCGGUAGUGUCAGCACGCCAGACGAGUUCUGGGAGCUUCUCGCGCGCUCUCGAACCGGCUUCACCUCCAUCCCACCAUCUCGGUUCUCUGCAAAUCGGUUCUUCCAUCCCAAUCCCGGAAAAAGCGGUACCACUAACGCACGUGGUGGCAACUUCCUCACGCACGAUUUAACAGCCUUCGACGCGCCAUUUUUCGGAUUUACGCAGCAGGAAGCAAUUAGUUUGGAUCCACAGCAGCGGCUGUUGCUAGAGUGCACAUUCGAAGCGCUCGAGAGUGCAGGCGUUCUCAAACAUGAUGUCGUGGGCAAGGACGUGGGGGUUUUUGUAGGAGGCACAUUUUCGGAAUAUGAAGCCGAUUUGUUUCGCGAUCCAGAAACGAUUCCGAUGCAUCAGGCAACAGCUGCCGGUGUUCACUUGAACAUGCUACCAGAGUUCUGGAUAUCUUACUCGAUGUCGCGAUUGUUUGGAGAAGCCGGUAGAUCGUUCGCAUUUGAUCAGCGAGGAACAGGAUAUGGUCGUGGUGAGGGAUGCGGCAUGAUCCUCUUGAAGCCACUAGAUCAAGCUAUCAGGGAUAACGACCCAAUCCGAGCGGUCAUCGCCGGUAGUGGCAUCAACCAGGAUGGAAAAACGCCCGGAAUCACAAUGCCCAACGGGUCUGCACAGGGCAUCGCUGGGGUCAUCAAGACGGCGCUGAUGCUCGAACGCGGCUUUAUCUUGCCGAACUACGACUUCAAACAGCCAAACGAGAAAAUUCCUUUCGACGAAUGGGGCUUGAAAGUUCCCAUUCGGCAACAACCAUGGCCGUUUGGGAAGCGAUGGGCCAGUGUCAACGGAUUUGGUUUCGGCGGCACCAAUGCUCAUGUUGUGAUGACCAGAGGCCCCCUUGAGCGCAAGACCAUGAAGGAAGAGGUGGACACACAAACUUCUGAGCGACUUUUUGUAAUAUCAGCGAACGACAAAAUCAGCACAGAAAAGGCUAUGCAGAAUGUCGGAAUAUACCUAGAGCGGCGGCCCGAAGUCUUCCAGAACGAUCUCCUGAGCAAUCUCGCCUACACGCUCGGUCAGAGGAAAUCGUUGCACCCGUGGCGGAUCGCAAUUAGUGCAUCAUCUUCCGUGGACCUCGUGGAAGCUCUUUGCGGCGGUAAAGUUACACCUGCAAAGCAAGAGCUCGACGAGCUUCGCUUUGGCUGGGCAGAUGCACACCUCCGAUCUAUUGGCGCCACAUUCUCGCUUUUAGAGGAACUCGAGAAAGACGAGCAGUCUACACUGGUGAAUGCGGCGACCAUAUCGCAGCCUUCGUGCACAGCCGUGCAGUUGGCGCUCGUUGACCUGAUGCGAUCAUGGGGAAUCAGCCCAUCAGCAGUUGUAGGUCACUCCUCCGGCGAGAUUGGAGCUGCUUACGCUGCUGGGCUCAUCACCUUUGACGAUGCCAUGACGAUCGCAUAUCACAGAGGUCGUCUUAUUCCCAUCUUAAAAAAGAAAUUCCCUAAUCUAGACGGUUGCAUGAUGGCUGUUGGAGCUGGCAGAGCCGAGAUUGCCCCCCUGCUGGACCGUAUCUCGCCGUCACUUGGAGAGGCCCGAAUCGCAUGCAUCAAUAGCCCGUCUAGCGUUACUGUAUCUGGGGAUGCUGAUGCUAUCAAAGAAUUACAAACGCUUAUCGAAGAAGCACACCCGGGCAUGUUUGCUAGGACGCUUCAGUCAUCUUCCGUACGCUUUCAUUCCUCGCUUCUUGGUCGACUUGCCUCCGGUAUCGAGCUGGAUUCAACAUAUUGGGUGCAAAACCUGACUUGUGCAGUCCGAUUUGACGAAGCCGUGCAGAGCAUGUGCCAACCAGCGGAUGAUUUCAAGACAGGCGUCAACUUCCUCGUCGAGCUUGGCCCACAUGCCGCGCUUCAAGGCCCGAUCAAGCAAAUCCUCAAGCACGUUGGCGGUCCAGCAACGAAGAUCGCAUAUUCCUCUGCUCUUGGGAGGAAGAAGAACGCAGUUCAGACAGCCCUUGCCUUGGCUGGGACACUCUUCGUCAAAGGCGUUGCACUCAACAUGGGCGCGAUCAAUUUCCCCACACCCCUCGACAGGCCGUCGCAGGUGCUUACAGAUCUUCCACGUUACCCCUGGAACCAUUCAACCACAUUCUAUCACGAAUCUCGACUUACUAAGAUUCACAAGUUCCAUGAUGCCCCAAGAAACGACAUCAUCGGAGUUUUAGCUCCAUAUUCGAACGAUUUCGAGCCAACAUGGAGGAAUGUUGUACGUCUAGAUGACUUGCCGUGGCUACGUCAUUACCAGAUGCAGGGUAUAACCAUAUUCCCCAUCUCAGGGUUUGUAGUUAUGGCACUUGAGGCAAUCGUCCAGCGAGCUCAGACACAGAAUGUCAAUUUCGAUGUUUUAGAGGUCAAGGACCUAGCCGUAAGAGCUCCAGCAAUGUUGACAGAAGAAGACCUGGAGAUGACGAUUACGUUACGACCGAGUUCCGAGAGCUUCGAACGUGGGCUAUCGAAUGAGUUUCAUAUACGUUCAUGGUCGAAGAGCAAAGGCUGGACAGAGCACUGUACCGGGAUAGUGUCUGCUGCUUCUGCGGACAGAAACGAAGUUGAUGGAGUGCGCGCACAGCAGAUCAAAGAACGGAAGAUACACUCGAGGAGUUCAAAACUCAGCGAGGCCGCGAUCGAGCCAGUGGCUACUCAAGCCAUGUAUGAGCAGCUCUCUGAGAUUGGUGUCUCUUACGGAGCGACAUUCCAAGGCUUACAGAGCUGUCACGCUUCGUCGAACGCUUCUGCGGCACAGAUUACGGUGGCUCAUACUGUCGCGGAGAUGCCUCAACGCCAAGAAACGGACUACAUUCUACACCCGUCGUUCCUCGAACAACUCAUUUCCAUGUAUUGGCCCAUCCUCGGCGCCACAGGACCCCCCAAAACAGUCCACCUACCCUCGUCUAUCGGCAAGGUUACGGUCUCAGCCAAAGUAUGCGAAUACCUCCAGAGUCCCGGAUGCAGCUUGCAAGCGUUCUGUCACGCAAUGAUAUCCGUUGAAGAUCUUUCAAUCUCGCCUAUCCUCGAGAUGAGCGCUGGAACAGAGGUGGAGGGUCCUCGUGAGCUUUGCUACAAGCUUGAAUGGGAGCCCAUAUCCGAGGCCGGGACUAAUGGGGUCAAGUCACCUCAGUUCAGCGCUGAAGUAGUCAUCAUCCAUGACCAGACUGAUGAACAGGCAGAAUUGGCUUUCGCGCUAUCAGAUCAUCUUAAACGCCUGUCUGGAAUUCAGUCAACGAUGAGCACCCUCUCAUCUGCCGUUCCUCUUGCGAGAGACAAGUUGUGUAUCUUCCUUGCGGAGCUCAACCGACCAGUGCUGGCAAACCUCAGCGCAGCAGAGUUUGAAGCACUCCAAUGUCUCAUAACUAGCGUUCAAGGCGUUCUGUGGGUGGUUCGUGGAGCAUACGUCAACCCCAAGAACCCCGAUGCGAACAUGGUCACUGGGUUGAGCCGGGCAAUUCGCUCUGAAGGCACGCUCAUGAAGUUCGUUACCCUUGAUCUCGAUGCCGGGAAAGAUUACGAUCACACAGAUAUCGCUCAGACAAUCCUGCAUACUUUCAUCCGAGCACUUGCUGCGAGCAGCAACAUGGAAGAAACCGAGUUCAUGGAACGAGAUGGAAAGCUGCUGACUCCGCGUAUCGUCCACGACACAACCAUGAAUGAAUACGUAAAUAAUCGAGUUCAUCCCUCUGCAACAGAGUCGGCACGUUUCUCAGAUAUCGAGAGGCCACUGAAGGGAGCAUCCACUACGCCAGGUGCAUUUGAUUAUCUCAUAUUCGAGGAUGACGAGAGUCUUCAUUCACCGCUUCCUGAAGACCAUGUCGAGUUUCAGGUUAAAGCAAUCGGUAUCAGCCCGAAGGCCGGCACAGCAGACUCAGCGAUUGGAACUGAGUGCAGCGGUAUUAUAACCGCUGUCGGCUCUGCCAUUGCCCAUCUCAAAGUUGGCGACCGCGUUGCAGCGAUUGAACCGAACGGCUCUUUGUCCACGAUGGCUCGCGCGCAUUCUCGCUUCCUAUUCAAGUUUCCAGAUCAUAUCUCGUUCGAGGCAGCCGCAACGAUGCCCAUCGCCUACUGCACGGCAAGCUAUGCACUCAUGGAGCAAGCCAGGCUACUCGAAAGCGAAACCAUCUUGAUUCACGAUGCUGCAAGCGCAGUCGGUCAGGCUGCGCUUGCGAUUGCGCAGAUGAUCGGCGCAGAAGCUUGGGUCACAGUUCAAAAUGCAGAGGAGAAGGAUCUUUUCAUGCGCGAGUGCGGCAUAUCUUCGGACCGCAUAUGGUUCGUAGGAAGUGAAGCCUUCGCCGAGAGCUUACGAGACGCAACUAGUGGCCGUGGAGUCGAUGUCGUCUUCAACACGCUCACAGACGCUCACAUGCUCAGCGCGACCUGGAGAUGUCUCUCAAUCUUCGGCCGCUUCGUGAAGAUCGACUCGGCACAUGGUAUGCUCGGAAACAUGCCCCUUGAGAUGAACGCUACGUUGCUAUCUGCAGACGUCCUUGCGCUUGCCAUGCAUCGACCACAGGUCUUGCAACGCACGCUCGCAGAUGUCGCUGGGCUGCUGCGAUAUGGCAGGAUUCAUCCCAUUCGCCAGGUCAAAGUAUUUGGCAUCUCGGAACUUGCAGCAGCCUUGCAGAACGUCCAGGGUGCCGGUAUACACGGGAAGGUGGUAAUCGUCCCGUGUGACGAUGAGCUUGUCUUGGCUCCACGUCUCGAAAAGCAUGACAUGCUCUUCCGGCCAGAUGGAACGUAUAUUCUCAUUGGUGGCACGGGUGGUCUGGGACGCAGCAUGGCCAAAUGGAUGGUCGGCAAGGGCGCGAAGAACAUUGUUCUUGUCUCUCGAAGUGGCGCAAUGAAAGGCAAGGCACAAGAGCAAAUCGCCGCUCUUAAUGACACUGGGGCAAAUAUCGUAGUCCGCCGCUGUGAUGUGGCGGACCGGAGCGACGUCGACAGUUUGAUCUCUUCUGGGUUGGCAGAUCUACCACCCGUACGCGGCAUCAUUCAUGGCGCCAUGGUGCUUCACGUAAGUCUUCCCCCUCACUCAUUAAAUCGGUUCGUACUAACAUCUCGCCAGGACGUCCUCUUCGAGAAGAUGACGUACGAGCAAUAUACCACCGUAAUCGCGUCCAAGGUUCAAGGCGCAUGGAACUUCCACCAUGCGCUCUCCACAGCCAGAACACCCUUAGAUUUCUUCGUUGUCAUCUCCUCUGCUGCUGGCGCAGUCGGAAAUAGAGGCCAAGCUGCCUACGCAGCAGCAAACACCUUCCUCAACGGCUUUGCGCAACACCUCCUCGGCCAAGGCAUCUCCGCCGCUUCAAUCGAUCUGACCGCAGUAUCCGAUGCAGGGUACCUGGCCGAAGAUGCGGAAAAGGCGGCAGAGGUAGCGAGGAAUCUUGGAAGCGACACCAUUUGUGAAGCGGAAGUGCUGGCACUGAUCCAAGCCGCUGUCGAAGGCAAACUGGCUAGCUGCAACGGCCAUCCUAUCACGGGAAUGCGCAUCACGCCCACGAUGCGACCCUUCUGGUCCAACGACGCAAAGUUCGUACAUCUACUUCGUGCCGCCGAAGCAGCUUCGGCCUCUUCUGCCACUGCGACAACAAUAUCCUGGAGCGCCGCAUUCAAAGCUGCUCCGUCGCGGCUUGACGCUGAGCAAAUCGUGUGCGACGCGUUAGUCGAGAAGAUUGCUGAGGUCAUUGCCAUGGAGCCCAAGGAGCUAGAUAUCAGUCGCGCGCUCAGUCACUACCCGCUAGACUCGUUGACGGCGAUUGAAGUGAGGAAUUUCAUUACUAGGAUGUUUGAGGCGAAUUUGCAGGUUUUGGAGCUGCUGGCUAGUGGCAGCAUUGAGACGUUGGCGAAAGUUGUGUGUACCAAGAGUAAGGCUGCGUUGCCUGCGGCUUAG